UUUUAUUUGAAAUUUUAAGUUUUCUAAAUGGAAUCAAAAGACUCACAGAACCAAUACAGGACAGGCAUCCUGAUGGCAAACCAUGUUGAAGACCGAUUUGGAAGAGACCUUGUCCACGCACCUGUUGAAAACCCCAUUCCUAAUUCAGAGAUGCAUGAUGGGUUUAGUAUGGAUAAGACUAUGUUUGCAGCUGGUAGAGAUAACUUCGUUGCCAAGCCUGUUACCGAGGACGAGAUCGAAGCUGAAGAAGGAUAUAAGGAGUAUGAAACAGCUGUUUGUUAUACAACAAAAGGACAGCCAAACCAUAUUCUGAUUGGUCAUGGUCCAACUCAAGGAACAUUUGAGACCCGUGAAUUUGCAACAACAAAUGAAACUUUUUAUGGAAAAGCUCCAAAUGCUGAUAAGACUACUCAGAGAGAUCUGUUUUUAACGAAUACAAAGCAAGAUGAUAUUCCUACUCUUUUCAAGCCAACUCCAGAUAGGACUCAUUUCAAAAAAUCUGAAAAGUUUUAGCUAACUCUAUUGGUAUAAUUCUUUUCUGUGGCGAUGUAUCUUCAUGAAAGCCUUUUC